AUGGAGAACGACCGUGGCGAGAUCGUGGAUCUCUUCGUCCCCCGCAAGUGCUCUGCUACCAACCGCAUCAUCAAGGCCAAGGACCACGGCUCUGUCCAAAUCAGCGUCGCCAAGGUUGAUGAGAACGGCCGCGCUAUCAAUGGCGAGAACCUCGUCUAUGCCCUCUGCGGCUUCGUCCGCGCCAUGGGCGAGUCCGACGACUGCAUCAACCGUCUUGCUCAGGCUGACGGUCUGUUGAAGAACGUGUGGAGCCACCAGCGAUAA